AGGGGCUGGGCAGGGGCUGGGCUCCGGCCCAGGCAGCCGCUCCUGCCCUCGCAGACCAAUCAUCACAUGACUCCGCGGCGGCGGUAGCCGCGGCAGGAGCCGCGCCGGCUACGCUGGCUCGCCGGGCGGGCUCAGUUCCGCUCGCGCAGGAGUCGAGCGCGGCGGGCGGGGCGGGACCUGCUGCGGCGCGGGCGCCCGGCCGCUCCCAGAGCGCGCGGCGUCUCCCGGCCCGGCCGGCCUGUCCAUGCCGUUCCGUUGCGGAAGUGUGGUGGGGGGCGGCGGCGCAGAGCGCGCGAGGCCGGGGCUCGGCCCCCUGCAGCACUAGGCUCCGGGAGCCGCACGGCGCUCCCCAACGGACCGGCUACCCGUGCGUUCGCCGCAGCCUGCAUGCCACGCGCCGCGCAGCGCCGCGUCCCCGCCGCCGCCUUCUGCUCGCACCGCUGCCGCCGGGCGCCGGAGUAAUAUGCUCACCCGAGUGAAAUCUGCCGUGGCCAAUUUCAUGGGCGGCAUCAUGGCUGGCAACUCAGGCUCCGAGCACGGCGGCGGCUGCGGAGGCUCGGACCUGCCCCUGCGCUUCCCCUACGGGCGGCCCGAGUUCCUGGGGCUGUCUCAGGACGAGGUGGAGUGCAGCGCCGACCACAUCGCCCGCCCCAUCCUCAUUCUCAAGGAGAGCCGGCGGCUGCCCUGGGCCACUGGCUACGCAGAGGUCAUCAAUGCUGGGAAGAGCACGCACAACGAAGACCAAGCCAGCUGUGAGGUGCUCACUGUGAAGAGGAAAGCAGGGGCCAUUACCUCAACUCCAAACAGGAAUUCCUCUAAGAGAAGGUCCUCCCUUCCCAACGGGGAGGGGCUGCAGCUGAAGGAGAACUCGGAAUCAGACGGCGUUUCCUGUCACUACUGGUCGCUGUUCGACGGCCACGCGGGGUCCGGGGCCGCCGUGGUGGCGUCGCGCCUGCUGCAGCGCCACAUCGCGGAACAGCUGCAGGACAUCGUGGAGGUCCUGAAGAACUCGGCCGUCCUGCCGCCCGCCUGCCUGGGCGAGGGGCCCGAGAAUGCGCCCGCUGACGGCCGGCCCCUGACCCGGGCGGCCUCACUGCGCUCAGGGCCGGGGGCGCCCGGCUCCCCCAGCGCCCCUCCCGCGCGCUUCUUCACAGAGAAGAAGAUCCCGCACGAGUGCCUGGUCGUUGGCGCCCUGGAGAGUGCUUUCAAGGAGAUGGACCUACAAAUAGAACGUGAGAGAAGCUCGUAUAAUAUAUCUGGUGGCUGCACAGCCCUCAUUGUGGUUUGCCUUUUGGGGAAGCUGUAUGUGGCGAAUGCUGGGGAUAGCAGGGCCAUAAUCAUUAGAAACGGAGAAAUCAUCCCCAUGUCUUCAGAAUUCACCCCCGAGACUGAGCGCCAACGACUUCAGUACCUGGCAUUCAUGCAGCCUCACUUGCUGGGAAAUGAGUUCACACAUUUGGAGUUUCCAAGGAGAGUACAGAGAAAGGAACUUGGAAAGAAGAUGCUCUACAGGGACUUUAAUAUGACAGGCUGGGCAUACAAAACCAUUGAGGAGGAUGACUUGAAGUUUCCCCUUAUAUAUGGAGAAGGCAAGAAGGCCCGAGUGAUGGCGACUAUUGGAGUGACCAGGGGACUCGGGGACCAUGACCUGAAGGUGCAUGACUCCAGCAUCUACAUAAAACCAUUCCUGUCUUCAGCUCCAGAGGUAAGAGUCUACGAUCUCUCCAAAUAUGAGCAUGGAACAGAUGACGUGUUGAUCUUGGCUACUGAUGGACUCUGGGAUGUUUUAUCAAAUGAAGAAGUGGCUGAAGCCAUCACUCAGUUUCUUCCUAACUGUGACCCAGAUGACCCUCACAGGUACACACUGGCAGCUCAGGACCUGGUGAUGCGAGCCCGCGGUGUCCUGAAAGACAGAGGAUGGCGGAUAUCAAAUGACCGGCUGGGCUCAGGAGACGACAUUUCCGUAUAUGUCAUUCCUUUGGAGUGGCAGCUGUUUUCAGGUGUGACGGCAGAAGACUCUUCAGCCUGUUGGGCUGCCGGGUUGUGCACGGGUGAGAAGGGCUGCGUCGGGGAUCAUGCCCUGAGGGUGAGCGCCCACUUUCUAGCAAGGCCUGAGAUGUAUUUCGGGAAGUAUUCUCUGUGUGUGUCUUACUCUCUUCAGGCACUGGUGGAGCGAGGCAGGCAUUGUUCUCUCUCUUGAUAUUCCUUGAAUCUGAAUUACUUCCCUUCCCUACAGUAGCCUGGGACUUCCCGCUGCUCGCUGAAGAAUCUCUGUAUUGAAGUCCGGGGUGGGGGCGGGGAGCCUCUGAGAGCUGUUCCCUGGCUGACAGAGUGCUGUCUCUGUUGUGUAACAAUUUGUUCCUGAGUUGCAUUUUCUCACCAUAUCAGUGUGCUUUCAUGAAAAUGUGGAUGUUUCUUUGGACCAAGAGGUCCUCUGUUGUUUUCGAGGGUCCCAGUGUUGGGUUUGAGGUUUCUAUGGGAGUCUGGGUUUUCAUUUCUGGGAUGGCUGGCCCUCUUUCACAUGCUGUGCCAUAGGGACACCAACGUAAAGCGGUGUUUAAUGGAGCAGAAUAGCAAAUUCCCAGUAUCACUCAGUUCACCAUACAUCAUUUCAAGACCAUUCCUUCACUUUGGCUCUCACUGUCCCCGAGACCACUUCAAAUCACGUGUAAGUGUCAGAGUUCUGUCCAGGACAGCAGUCCUGUCCUGUUUUCUCCAUCGGUGGGCAAAGCCCAUUCAGAAUGGCUGAUUGACACAAGUAAACUUGAACUGGGUUGUCUGGUCAUUCUCAUGAUCUGGCCCCAUUCCUUCUUCACGGCAUCAGCCCCAGCCACCCAGCAGCUGAGACCGCUGUACUCACUGUAGCACCACCUCUGAGUAUUCGUCACGAGCAGCAGACACCAGAUGCACCUGCUGCUUCCUCUGCCAGGAGGAACUACAAAUACACUUUUAGAAAUCACUGUUAUCUCUUAGGCAGAUAACAGUUCUGCACUGGGGGACCCAAUGGAGCAAUGUCCAGUUACCAAGUCUUCUCAGACCUCCUGCGGGAUCAUCAUCAUUUUGACAACUUUGUGUAAUUAAAACAUUCUUCCCAUUCAGCAAUGAAAAGGUCACUGGUGCGAUCCCCAAACAUGCUGGAGAGCCAAUCCCACUUCUCAUGUUUGUUUGAAUCCCUUCCCUAGAAGAGAAGAGAGGAACCUUUCCUCUGGGAUAAUCACCUGCAUUUCUGGAGUUGUAGGUACUUUCUUAGGGAAGGCCUGGAGCCUUCCUACUCAGGAAGAAUUCACUCCGCAGUGUGGAAACAAUGACCUGUCUGCCAGGUGAAGCACCAUGGGAAUUCACCCACUAGGUGUUUACCAAAAUGUUGCCUGGGAAAACUGGACAACUACUUUGUCACCCUCAGCUGACAGCAGCCCUUCUCCACUAAAUCUUAGCUGCCUCAGACGUCUCUGUGGGGAGAUGUUUGUGGUAAACCAUUUGCUUCUCUGGUAGAGUAUGAUGCUAUGGGAAAACACGCAGCCAUCCUACAACAGUGUGGUCUACUUUCCAUUUCUGUCCUGACUCUCAAAGUCACAUGCAAAUUGGAAACUUGAGAAAGUUUGAGGACUUAGAGCCCACCUCCUUGGGAAGCUGUCCUCACGUGCAGUCAUGUCUUCCCUGUGUUCCUGUUGCCUUUCAUUUCCUUUUGUUUGUGGGCUUCUGUCUGGGCCCUACCGUGAGCUUCCCUAGUUUCAUCUGAGCCACCUGAGUCACAGUUUGGGUGUAGAUAGGUAGGUGUCGUGAUAACCUUGUAAUUAAUUCACCAAUUCAUUUAUUGCCAAGAACUGUCUCAGGAAAAAGUCUGGAACCCCCUUUAUUCAGUGUAUCCUAAAGUCUUGGGCAUUUUGUCCUACUGGUUGUAGUUAGAAAGUUAUCCAGGGAUUCUUCUCAUAAACCCCCUUGGGUGGAAAGAUCUCAGCAGCACGCUGAAGCCAUGUUCUGUUCGGGGAUAGGAAGAAAGCUACAAAUGAGGUAAAUAAAUCAAGUGUGGAGAAAAUGACUUGUUCGUGCCUGUAGCAGAUCUCCCCAGCACUGACACUGCUCUGUGAAUUGAGCUUAUUGGCUUUGGCCUUAUUUUUCACCCAGGCACCAUGUCACCCCAUCCCAGAGCAGUACCUGUCUGCAUAACAGAUCGGCCCACAGAGCAUUCCUGGGAAGGUCAAAGGCAACACAAGAUCCUGCAGAACAUAUUUAUAUGUGGUUCUGAAAUCUUACAGAUCUGACUUUAAUAGCCAAAUCUGCUGGUCCAAAUAGCCUCUGAGGAAGUCUUGCUUAAGAAAAACCUUUUGACUCCCUAGUCGAGUCUUCAUGGUUGCCUUGGGGCAGGGAGCAGGGGCACGGGGUGGCCACCUCCUCUAAUGAAAGGCUCUUUCACUUCUGCAUCUUUGUUGGGUUGGUGCCUGCUCUUCAAAAUAAGUGGUGACACCCUUUUCCUUAAAGAGAGUAAACGUAUGCUCCCUCCACACUGUACAGCAUUUUGCCGAGCAACAACCGAACCUUUGUUCUCCUAACGCCUGAAAUCAGAGCAGUGCCACUGGUCAGAGGAGAGGGUGUGUUGUGGGGUGUGGGGCUUACCCAGCUGCUAUUUCUUCGGGGGGAAGGUAGAGUGACUGUCAGACUAGGCUGGGUACUCAAGCCAUCUAACAGAAAAAAGCUCUCCCCAAAAGUGGGAAUUUGAGCUGUUUUCUAUAGUACAGCUCUGGGGAAUUUGGAGUGUUUGAUUUUUUUAAUUCCUAGCAACUUACCUCCAAGGGGCUGUGUGAAGUGUGCUGUGCUCACCCUCUUCUUACUCUUCUAAGUAUUCAUUUACUUCUUGGGAAGAGUAGAGCUGUAAGUGUAUGCUGGUGGGCAGAGAUGAGAGUCCUGUACCCAGACUGGGCCUCAGAUCUCAGCCUUCGGCCAGGGUUUCCAGUUUACCAAGCACGCUAGUCUGAAACACUUGGGGAAAAAAUCUACAUCUUUAAAGUUGAUUCUUCUCUUGAUCUCACCUCCUCCUUCAUCUGACAAUCACCUUUAUUUACAAGGCUACAAGUGGUCAGUCAUUUUCAUUGCACCAGUUUGAGUUUCUAACCAUUCCUUAAGUAACCCAGCAGCUACACUGUUUCCAGAGUGAAUGUUAAGCUUUUAUGAGAUUCUAUUUUCAGGAAAUUAGUGCUGGGACACUUAGAGGAAGCAGUAAGAGUCAUUGUCUGUGAAAAGAACAAGUCGUUUGUCUGACCCUAAAGGUCACUACAUCUAAGAAAACAGUAAAACAGAAUCUGGCAACAGGACAGAAUUUCAUGUAGGGAACUUGGGUUUUUGAGGACUUAAAAUUGCAGAGAAAGGUUGCAGCUUGCACACCACAGUCCACCUUACUCCAUGAGCCUUCGUCGUGUGGGUGGUGCAGCUUAUGUGUGGACACUGGGAUCUUCCGACACUAUACAGGCAGCCCGCCUGCCUCCAGUGCCAGCACCACCACGGCUCUCGUCAGCUCAGAGUGCCAGUCUGGGCCAUGCUGCUCUUUCUGAUCCAUGAAGUGAUCUGUGUAAAUAGCUUCAGUUUUUCCUCUGUGUCGUAGAUGAAGUUUUCUUCAUGUAGCAACCAGGCAGACAGUGACCACUGAGGCCAUAGAUGUGCUGUUAUUUUCUACGUGAUGUACUUGAAGGAGAACCUUGUGUCCUCCACUCUUCCAUUUCUCCAUAGUACUUUGUCUGGGGAGUCCUGGGGUUACUCUCUUACUCCUGUUUUGCCUCCAUUUUCUUUGUUCCCUCUGGAGACCUGGAGAGGCCCACAGUGGAGAUCAUUUGUAAGGAAUAUAUUAUGGUCUGGGUUUCCAAAAAUAUCCUAUGAACAGUGAAUGAGAGGAAUCUGCCUGAAAAUGGUCUUGGAACCAUGUACCUUUAUGCUUUGUGAUUGUAAAAUGUUGACUUUUGUAGCCCCAAAAUGAAAAUUGUGAGUAAAGGGGAUCUGUUUUGUGUGUUUUGAAACUUAGGUGCAAUGUUCCCUGGGAAAAGCUAAAGAAAUGUAUAUGCUCAAUGACAUUUUAAAAUAAAAUAUUAUAUAUAUAUAUAUAUAUAUAUGUAUAUAGGAUACCUUUCAAGA